GCCCCUCGCUCGCAAUCGCUCCAGUUCACUUUUUUUCCAGCAACUCCGAGCCAAGGAAGAAUGAUCACAUUUAACCGCUCAGCGUCACUCCCAAUAGGUACUAGUAUUCGCCUGUAGUCUUCCCCGGCUUUGCCAGUAGUGAUACACAUUUGAUCCAUAUUUUAUUACGGGUUUUCUUAGCCUUUUGUUGGAGGAUGAAUAACCUUGUCAGAAUAUAUUUUUUCUAGGUAGAGAACCCGUUCUUGGUCGUGAUGUGGGUACAUCGUUAAUUAAAGGGGUCCCCCGCGGCUCUCUGUAAUUGUCACCUGCAGUUGAACCCCAAUUUGUAUAUUUAUUUACUUUAUUCAACGGUGUUGCUCCAUGCAAAUCCCGGGGACUAUGUGAGCAUCAUGCUGGCGGUGCGAUGCCUGGUGUUCGCUGCAGUGAGUGCGCGGUUUGCCGUGACAGGCUGGAGCAGCUCGGUAAGCAAUAGAGGAGACGGAGAGACGUGGGAAUGGCAGCCUUCGGAGGAGCAGGGGGACCGGGGACCUGCUGUGGAGGAAGUCACUCAGCCUAAGCGGCUCCUGCAACAGAUCGACUCGGAGGGAGAGUUGGUUCACCUCCAUCUGGACACUCGAGUCAAGAACCACACCGAGGGAGCACAGCCUGUCCAUCUAGCCCAGAGCAGUUUCCUGGUGGAAGCCUUUGGCAAGUCUUUCAUCCUGGACUUGGAGCUGAACCACAAUCUCCUGUCUUCGGAUUAUGUGGAGCGGCACUUUGACGACGAAGGGAGGCCGUCUCAAAACAUGGGAGGGGAACACUGUUACUACCAUGGGCGACUGAGGGGGGUACCAGGCUCGUGGGUUGCUCUCUCUACCUGCCAUGGAUUACGUGGGAUGUUUUCCGAUGGGAACUUCUCCUAUGGGAUCGAGCCUGUUCUCAAUACCGGUGGGGAAAAGCAGAAUGAUCACGUGGUGUAUCGAAUGGCUGACCUGGACCUGCUACUGUCACUACAAUGUCCAGGUUGCUCAUUGAACAGCAGUGACACUGAAGGGAACUCUGUAAAUGACAGUGACCCUGCUGGUGAUGAUGGUAUCUUGUCGGAGCCGGAGGAGCCCAUCUUCACAGAGGAAGGGUUGAGCCGUUCAAAGAGACAGGUCAGACGAGGUCAACGCACAGUCCAGACUGAGACCAAGUACAUCGAGCUGAUGGUGGUGAACGAUCAUGACCUGUUUGUGCAGCUGCGUCGGUCGUCGUCGCAGACGAGGAACUUUGCCAAAGCGGUCGUCAAUAUGGCAGACGCGAUCUACAAGGACCAGCUCAACACGCGGAUCGUGCUGGUCGCCAUGGAGACGUGGUCAUCCCAGAACAUGGUGUCCGUGGGCAAUGACCCCUUGCUGACCCUGAGGGACUUCAUGAAGUACAGGAAGGAGAGCAUCAAAGAGCGCAGCGAUGCCACACACCUCUUCUCGGGGAGGACCUUCCAGAGUAGCCGCAGUGGCACAGCCUACAUUGGGGGUAUCUGUUCCCUCACGCGGGGAGGAGGAGUCAACGAGUACGGCAACGUGGGUCCCAUGGCCAUCACGUUGUGUCAGAGCCUGGGGCAGAACAUUGGCAUGAUGUGGAACAAGGAGCGCCCUACGGCUGGGGACUGCAGGUGUCCCGACCCAUGGCUAGGCUGCAUCAUGGAGGACACCGGCUACUAUCUUCCUAGGAAGUUCUCACGCUGCAGUGUGGAUGAGUACCUUCGCUUUCUCCAGCAGGGUGGGGGCAGCUGCCUCUUCAAUAAGCCCAGCAAGCUGCUGGACUCUCCAGAGUGUGGCAAUGGCUUUGUGGAGGUGGGGGAGGAGUGUGAUUGUGGAUCCCAUGUGGAGUGUGCGCGGAGCGGAGGAGCCUGCUGUAAGAAGUGCACCUUGACCCACGACGCCAUGUGCAGCACUGGCCUCUGCUGUAGAGGUUGCAGGUACGAGCUCAGGGGGGUGACGUGUCGCGAAGUGACCAACGACUGUGACGUCCCGGAGACGUGUCCCGGAGACUCCAGCCAGUGUCCUCAUAAUGUCCACAAACUGGAUGGUUACAUGUGUGAAGCUGGCCAGGGUCGUUGUUUCGGAGGUCGAUGUAAGACCAGAGAUGGACAGUGCAGAGGUCUCUGGGGCCACAACUCAGCCGACCGUUUCUGCUAUGAGAAGCUGAACUCCGAGGGCACAGAGAAGGGCAACUGUGGCCGUGACGCCAGUGGCCAGGGCUGGGUGCAGUGCAACAAGCAGGAUGUGCUCUGUGGGUUCCUGCUGUGUACUAACAUGUCUGCUAAGCCGAGGUUUGGAGAUCUGCAGGGGGACCUCACCAGCCUAACCAUCUACCACCAGAACAGAUACCUGGACUGCCGUGGCGGCCACGCGGUGCUGGAGGAUGGCUCAGACCUGGGCUAUGUGGAGGACGGGACGCCCUGCGGUCCCAACAUGAUGUGCCUGGACCGCCGCUGCCUCCCCGUGCCCACCUUCAACCUCAGCACCUGCCCCGGAUCCAGCAUCUGCUCUCACCAUGGGACCUGCAGUAAUGAGGUGAGGUGUAUUUGUGACACGGACUACACUGGGAAAGACUGCAGCGUCUAUGACCCAAUCCCUGACCCCACCCCUCCAGAGGGCCCUGAGAAAUAUAAGGGUCCCAGUGGCACCAAUAUCAUCAUAGGCUCCAUCGCAGGGGCAAUUCUGUUGGCAGCUAUAGUCCUAGGGGGGACCGGAUGGGGAUUUAAGAACAUCCGAAGAGGAAGAUCUGGAGGGGGAUGAAAACAUCUGUCCAUUUGCUGUCCUGUCUUCCUUGCCCUGUGUCCUAUCCACUUUGAGGAGAGAAAUCCAAAGGUGUCUUCCGUUCUCUUCAACUACAACUCUCACAAUUCUCCCUGUCAUGGUUCCUUUCCUUUUCCAUUUUCUGUAUUUCCUGUCAAUCUUCCAGCCACAGACGUCUCACCUUUUUGCCUUCGGUAAAGGUUUAACCUGAAAUUACAUUCCCCGAAACCUUAAUAACCGACAAGGGCCCCACAUUGUGUCACACAGAAAUAGAUAGAUUUGUGUUUUAUCAUCAUGUUGUGUGUGUGUGUCAUAUCCGAAAUGUAUGUUUGUCCCCAUUGACUCUCCAUAGCUUUCUUUUUCUAUGAGGAUGUUAGACCAAGCUGUCCAGGACAUGUAUACUCUCCAUACAAGUGAUUGUACUGAAGUUAUAUCAAUUUUGACUUAGUCUUUCCUGCCAUUUAGACACUUCUACUGGACUAUGGCGCUUUUAAAAAAAAAAAAAAUCCUGCGACGAGGGAGGAAGGAUUAUAUUGAUAUCCUAUGUAGGGCUGCUCGUAAGCUUUUAUCUCUAGUUGCAAUUUACUCAUGAGGUCAUUCAACAAGCUGACAAAUACCAUUCAGCCUACUAUAACCAUGUAGGAUGUAUGGUCAAAUAAUAAUAAUAACAACAUAUGGGACCCAGCGGGCAAAACUGGUUGAAAUGAUGUCAUUACAACCUGAACAGCAAUGUUGACAGUUUUGUCUGCUGUGUCGGUCAUACAAUACGCCUCGUCUCCAAAGACAGUUAUCGUAGCUCUUUGGUUAGUGAUGGUGAACUGCAAGCAGUAAAUGGAGAAAAAAAAAACGUUUUUUUUCCCAUUAGACAUGACGGCAUGGUUGGGUUAAUUGCGUACUCUGCUUAGCUAGGCAUUUCUAUUAAUAUACCAACAUAACCAUCAUUUAUAUUCUUCUAGAAUGUUGCUCUUCAGUAUCAAACAGUAAUCUAGCAUUAAUCAGUUAUCCAAUCGAACAUAAUAUGCAUAAACGUAUGAAUGUGUAGCUCAACCUUGCGAGUGGGCGAAUGCUUGUCGCAAUCUCUGUCUCGAUAUCAAGUGUACAUUUUGCACGGAGACGGCUAGCUAGAUGAAAUAGUCUAUUGCACAUACACAUCCAGAUGUCAAAUGUGUAUUGUACUUGUAUAAUAUGUAUUCCAUAUAGAGAUUGAGUGUGAAUACGUACAUUCAAAUGAAAGCACAUGUUUGUGAGUGGACUCAAAUCGUUCCUCUUUUUCAGUAUCUUGCAUCAAUGGGAGAUUCCGUAUAAGCAAGAAGUUUAUAUAUUUGAGCUUCAUUACAAUGGUAUUUGUAUUUACAUUGACAGACUGUCAUUCAAUUAAAUACUUUCAAAGUCCAAUCAAGCGGCCCUUUGAUUAAAGGGACAGUACACCCAAUUUUAGUGGAAUUUUACCUUCACCGAGAAUCCGUUGACUACUUUCAAAGACAGAUGAGCUUGAGUAAGAAAAACAGUGGUAGCUUGCGUGUGCCGCUGUCUCGCUCCUUCCUCUCAGUAACUAAUGACUAUUGUUUUAGGUUUCGAGUGUAUUCUGCGUGUCACCAAACACAGACCUACCUCUCCAUUACAGGUUCUGGUCAUGUUUAAAAAGUUACACUGCCAGCCUAAAGUAGCAUCAAGUAUACUUGAACUCUUAUUUAAUCUGUAUCUCUAUGUGUAUUCCAAAAUGUUAGUCAAGAAUGGACAUUUCAGGAAUCUUACCAAUCACAGUCCAUUUACUCUUGUUGUUCGACUCAUAGGAUAUCGCAAACAAUUGUUCGCUUUUAGACUUGAAUGUAAAUACUUCCGGUGUAUAAAACAAUGUGUAUGACCUUCUAACAUGUUUUAAUACCGUGGCCUGUUGGUGUUUUUGUGGAGGCGUCUCUGUCAGAUGUUAUUGUAUAGUUGCCAGUGACUGAAUUCGGGGAGUUCGCUGAAUGAAAAUUUAAGCCUGAGCCUGUUCUCGGGAUCUUCCUCUUGCCUUUUUUGUUAUUUUAUAUGUUUAAUGUAGACUGGCUGUUCAAAUUCGCGGUUGUUUAAUAGGCUACCGUGUCGUUAGUUUUAAUGUAGGUAUUUUACAUUCCAUGGGUAAGGUGACAAAAUAGCCUUUUUAAAAGUUGAACCGGGGACCAUUUACAAUGCCACUGUCGAUGAAAACACCUAGCGGGUUAGGAACAGACGCCAUCUUUUAAUAUCGAUCCUCCUGCCUGAAAGAGUAACUGUUGACAUGUCUGGUUCUGGCCUCAUUUGCUGCUGGUCUUUCGUGUGCCUUGUUCAUCCCGACACGGCCUCCUUAAGAUCUGCCUUGGAGGCCAGUGAACCUUUUCUCAGUUCAACAGGAUACUCGAUAUGCUCUUUUUUUUGUAGAAAUAAGAGCAUGCCGGUUGAUAUUAAAGUUAUCCCCUAUAUAAGAUUCCUACUAGUCACACCAAGCCUUCCAGGUUAAGUCUGGCUUUACAGUUAAAAUGAUACAGUAUGUGGUUGAGCCAAUGGGUAAUUGGGAAAUUGUGAUAUAAUGACGACGGACGUCAACAAAUAGGCUUACCAGUUCACAUAUUUAGCCCUGUUCCUAUUCAGGGAACUUGUUCACACUAGUGUUGCUUGGUAACUGUACAUCCCUAAAAGCGUGUAAUGUGUAAACAGGAUAGGGAUAUAGAAAAUAAAUUAGGAAUGAUUUUUAUUUCCGUUCUACCUUUACACUGACACACAAUGACCCUUUUUCUCAGGCUGCUGUCCGUUAUGCUGUUUGAUAGACUAGCUAUGAAGAUUUAGUGGAGCUUUGUCGAAACUAUAUUUUGUAAGUGAUCAAAUAUGAUGAUUAGUUUGUUGUUUUGGGACCAUUAAUACACUGAGCACUGUGUUAUUGGAAAUUCUUUAAUUUAAUAGACUGCUUUGGGGGUUGACAAAAAGACUGCUUUUGGGGUUGACAAAAAGACUGCUUUGGGUUGACAAAAAGACUGCUUUGGGGGUUGACAAAAAGGUAGUUUCGGGUUGACCAGAAAUGUGGAGACGGAUUAAUACAGGCGAUGUGGUAGACCUUAAUCAAGAGAUAAUAGCCAAAUGGCCCUCUGUCAUCCAAAUGUUUGAUCUCUUUAGUCUAAUUUCUAGUUUUUCAUUUGACCCCCACACAGUCUUGGCAGACUUACCAACCCUCCUGAGUGGAGCACUUAACAGCCUUUGUAUGAGUGGAAUAGCAUUGGCUGUACAUAUAAACAUAAUCCAUGAGAAUUUGUACAAUAUAUGCGGAGGUAUUCAUAAAACCAUUUGUAUUGGACUGACCUAUCAAAUACCAGUGUACUUAGAUAACCUGCAAUAUCUUUAAAUAGCAGACUUGAAACCCAACAGUGAAAAUGUGUACAUUUUGUGUAUAAUUAACUGUGCAUUGCUUCCCGGCCUAGUGAUUCCAGGAUACGUAUUGCAUUUAUAUAGAAUAGCGUCGUUUUGAGGUUAUUUACUUUUGGUUUACUGUUUAGGACUUGAGUUCGACUUCCUUUUUUCAAUGUGUGAUGUGUGCAAAUUCUGGAGCUUUUAUGUAUUUAUUUUGACCUCCCUGCAACUGUAUAUUUGAAUUACAAUUCCGGAACAGAUAUCGAUUAUUGACUUCAUAUGUUUUUUUAAGACCUAAUAGGAACAGGUGAUAACAUUUUAACGAUGAGAAAUUGGGGAAGAGAGUGAAGAGAAAUAAAAUGGAAGUGUGAAAACG